GUUUUGGAUGUUUUUUGAUGUUUUUGAUGAAUAAUUAAGAUCAAUUCAUUUUUGAUAAGUAUAUAAAAAUGGAAAUCAUUGAUGUAUAACAAACUAAGCGACGCACUUUAAGACUACUUUAAGACUACUUUAAGAAUAUGUCAUAAAUACCGGUCUUUACCGAAAAUUUUGAUGUGCAUUAUCAAAUAUAAAUAUCUGUUCAUUUAUUUUUUAGAUCAGAAAUACCAGGAAUUUUUUUUCUUAUAAGAAGAUAAAUUAUUUUUCCCCAAAUUAUUAUAAUUUAUAAAAUAUAAUUAUAAAAUGACUUUUCUACAUUCAGUUUCUCGCGCUUCUUUUGGGUUAUCAAAGACAGUAGCCGCUAAACCUUUGUCAACAACACUAUUUUUGACAAGACAACUUUAUCCUCCUACAAUUACUGGUGCUAUUCGGUAUUUGCACGCCUCAAAACCUAAAACUCUUAAAGAACGACUUGAAGAAUUGAUUCCAUUAAAACAAGAAGAGGUAAAACAAGUAAAAAAAGAACAUGGUGCCAAAAGUUUAGGAAAUGUAACAGUUGAUAUGGCUUAUGGAGGCAUGAGAGGUAUCAAAGGUUUGAUCUGGGAAGGUUCAGUGUUAGAUCCUGAAGAGGGUAUCGAAUUUAGAAACUUCACUAUACCCGAAUGUAGACAAAAACUCCCAACAGCAGAUGGUGGUGAAGAACCAUUACCAGAAGGAUUAUUUUGGUUAUUGGCAACUGGAGAAGUUCCAACAAAAGAGCAAGUUAAAUCUUUAUCAGCUGAAUGGGCAGCUAGAGCUUCAAUUCCUUCAUUUGUUGAAGAAUUAAUUGAUAGAUGUCCGAAUACUUUACAUCCAAUGUCGCAAUUUUCUUUAGCUGUGACUGCUUUACAACAUGAUUCUAAUUUUUUUAAAGCGUAUCAGUCCGGUGUUAAUAAGAAUGAGUAUUGGCAAUACGUUUAUGAAGAUGCCAUGGAUUUAAUUUCAAAAUUACCAAAUGUUGCUGGCAGAAUUUAUAGAAAUAUUUAUAAAGAUGGGAAAGUCCCUCCUAUUGAAAUGGAUAAAGAUUAUUCUUAUAAUUUUGCCAAAAUUCUUGGCUAUUCAGAUAAAGAUUUUGUGGAAUUAUUAAGACUUUAUCUUACAAUUCAUUCUGAUCAUGAAGGUGGAAAUGUAUCAGCCCAUACUAUGAGACUUGUUGGAAGUGCACUUUCUGAUCCUUAUAUCUCAUUUGCGGCUUCUCUUAAUGGUUUAGCAGGUCCACUACAUGGCCUUGCUAAUCAAGAAGUCAUUCGCUGGAUUCUUAAGAUGAGAGACGCGAUUGGUGAGUCACCAAGUGAUGAAACUGUCAAAGAAUAUGUUUGGAAUACUUUAAAAUCCGGUACAGUCGUACCCGGAUAUGGUCAUGCAGUUCUCCGUAAGACAGAUCCACGCUAUACAGCUCAGUAUGAAUUUGCAUCAAAGCAUCUUCCAGAUGAUCCUCUCUUUAAAUUAGUCAAGCAGCUUUAUAAAAUUGUACCAGGUGUUUUACUUGAGCAUGGCAAAACUAAAAAUCCUUGGCCCAAUGUUGAUGCUCAUUCUGGUGUAUUAUUACAGCAUUUUGGUUUAGUAGAGCAAAAUUAUUAUACUGUAUUAUUUGGUGUUUCAAGAUCAUUAGGUGUUUUAGCUCAAAUAAUUUGGGAUCGUGCUUUGGGAUUACCAAUUGAACGACCAAAAUCUUAUUCUACCGAGUUAAUCAAAAAGAUGUUUGAAGAACAUAAAUGAAUAACAGCAUUUUAUUCAAUUAAUUUUACCUACAACCUAUUAAUAAUAGUUUAUUAAAUAA